GUAGUUUGCCGAUUGAAAACUUUGACAAUCACAUGAUUGAAAAUAAUGUUGAAAAAUCUUACAAGUCUUUGAAACAAAUUUUGUGAUUCUUGUUGAAGGCCGCCAAAAUACUUCGAAAAUGUCUAAAUUACCUAUAAAAGAUUCAAGAAUAAGAGUAAUUCCCUCCAACGAUCUUGAAAAAUUCAUAAAAGCAUAUUUCUACCGGGAACCAAACCUACCGGAGGCAAUCGAAAUUGUGUGUAAGAAAAAAGCCGUGAAAGGAAGCUGGUCCGUCAGCGAUCCGUCGAAAGCCUGUCCGGUUGAGUUUACACCGGCAGAAAAAUCCUUCCUACGGGAGGAAAAUAGCAAACAGGUUGAAGAGAUUGAUUUGGAUGUGGUGAGUGCGCCAGAGGAGAAAAUCUAUCAAGAGGACGAUUCCAAAAUCGAGGUACGGCGGGAUGACUCACCAACCCUGCUGCUGAGCGAUUUAAAAUGGCUAAACGAUGCCCUGAACCGACUCCGGACGAAGGAGGACAACGUUCCAUACCUCCACGAAUUUAUGCAGAAGUGCACGCUCAUUUUGCCGGAAAAUGCAACAGAAGAAAAUGCCGAGCUGGAAGCUCGCUGUCAAAAGUUGCGCAAGGAGCAGGAGGCGCGCGAGUACGAGGCCAUGACCCGGAACGUGGACAACGUAAGGACGCACAUGCCCCAGGAUACUAUCGCAUUUCAGAUGAAACAAAUUAACAGACAGCUGAUUGCCGUGGCGCAGUUCAUCUUUUCCGUAGCGGCAGGAUUUGCAUUCGGUUUCAUCGGGAUUGAGCUUAUCGUUGGCCAGCUAGACUUUGGGUUCCGAUUAUUGCUGGGCAUUAUGAUCGCGCUGAUCGUCGCUCUGGCGGAGAUAUAUUUCCUAGCAAAGAAGCUUAACGAGGACUACGAGGUGCCCCCGAAUUUGCAUCCCUCGUUGGUUCCCGAUGUUGCAAACGCGGAGCGUAAGGUCAUUGAGACGAUCCACAUCACCGAUAAGACGACAAAGACUUCUAAGACGAGCAAACCGCACAAUGAUUAAACUUUUAUCCACAUUGA